GGUUUUUACGCUUUUUUGCGGGUUUUUAAAUAUUGGGUUUUUCAUAAAACCCAAACCGAAUUUUUUCUGGGUCACCGGGUUUAUCGGUUCAACCGCGGGUCCGGGUCGGGUUUCAAAACACUGCCCCAAACAUAUACUCAAAAAGCUCUUCAAAUAUCAACCUCUUACCCAUGACUAACAGAUAGAAGAAUAGCAUACAAGCCAUAGACAGCCUACCCAUGAACAAAAAAUAGAAUAAUUCAUAGAUAAACAAACUUUCAAGUAUAGUUAUUGCUUACAAUUAUUAUUUUUAUAUAGUUUCUCUUAAAUUUUAUCUUUCUAACACUGCACGUAUUCAAAUGAUUUGUAACAUAGUGAAAGAAAAAAAUCUUCUUUAUUCGAGUAAGCAUACUCAUGAACAAUUCGUCAAUAAUAUGUUUUAAAGUAUUCAAUUUUCGCUUUUCUAAGUUUUUUUCUUCCUAACAUUUUGUCUACAUGUAUUCAAAUGCUUCCUAACAUAUGUGAGAAAACAAUUAUUUUUUUUUUCAAGUACGCCUACUUAUGAACAAUUAGACAAUACUGUUUUAAAGGAUUAAUUAUUAUGUUAGUUUCUAUAGUUAGGUAGCACAAAUAUUCAUACGGACAAUUUGGUUAAAUGUAUAUUUAUAAGUGUAAAUUUAUUAUAUAUAGGUUCUAUAUCAAAUAUUGCUACUCCCUCCGUUUCACUUUAUUUGUCGCUUUAGGUUUAUGCACACAAAUUAAGAAAAUAAUUAAUUUUGCAUAUUUUCAAAAUAAAAACAUCAUUACCUAUACACUUAACCAUGUUUCAACCAAUAGAAAAAUAAAAAAUAAAAUAUUAUUAUUAAAUUUUGCAUUGAAAACAUAAAAUGACACUUAAAAUGAAACAAAAUUUUAACUCUAAAAUGACAAAUAAUACGAAACGGAGGGAGUAUAUUAUUUCAUAGAAGUUAUUAUACAUUAUGUUUUUUUAAUUAAAAACUGAUGGGGUUUUGACUAUAUACAUAUGAUUCAUGUUUUUAUAAGAUUCAUGUUCUUUACGAUUCAUAAAUGAUACAUGAUAGUUUUUUGGGACUGGGAAAUACAAAACUAUUCGUAAUUAUGUUCUUCUAUAAUACUUCCUUACGUGACAUUUAUUUUGAUUAAUAUUUUUGGAUUUUUUUGGGAUACAUGACAUUUAUUUUGGGAAUUUAUUUUGGGAAUCAUCAAUAUAAACGGUUUUAUAUUGUAAAAUCAAAAUGUCGAAAUUUAUGGAAUAUCUUGCGUGAUUGUAAAAUACAUCCAAAACGGAAUUCCAUAUUAAUUUUUUUUUUCAAUCCCUUAACUUUUGCAAGAAGACUUUUAGAUUUCUAAAUUAUCUUAAAUGGUGACAGACAUUAAAUUUGGAAAUUUAUAUUAUUCUAUUUUGAUUAGGUUUAAAGUCAAAUAUCAUUUUAUAGAUUUCCUUUAUUUUCUCCUCUUGCAUAUAAUACUUUCUAUAAUUCUCUGAAAACCUAUGAUUAUAAUGUUAUACGAAAUUAAUAGGAUUGUUUGAUAUUUAUAUUUACAAGUGAUAGGGUUUUGACUAUAUAUACGAUUCAUAUUGUUAUAAUAUCUUCUUUACGAUUCAUGAAUGAUAGAUGACAUUUUUAGAGACUGGAAUACAUAAAUGAUUUAUAAUUAUGUUCUUCUAUAAUUAUUUGGUUUGUGACAUUUAUUUUGGUUGAUACUUAGAGACAAUUAUAUAUGUGAAUAAAAUUUAUUUUCGGAGUGGACAAUAUAAACUGUUUUAUAUUGUAAAAUCAAAAUGUCAUAUAUAAAAAAUUUAUAAGCAAUUUCACAAAAUACAUUUAAAUGGUGACAGACAUUAAAUUUACAAAUUUUUUAAUUCUUUCCGAUUUAUUUUAAGAAAAAUAUCAUUUUUAAUGUAGAAUUAUUUAAUGUUCGCCCUAUGCAUAUAAUACUUUCUAUUUUUGAAAGUAUUUUAAAUGACUAGCAUUUAAUAUGACUAUCACAAUUAUCUCGUGCCCCCUCGAGAAUUUUUAGUAAAAAUAUUUUUUUUAAAUAAAAGAUACAUUAAAAGAUGCCAAUAUGUGUUUUGAGUCAUAAUCUAUAUUAAGGUUCAACAAUGGCCUCUUUUAAAAAUUCGAGUCUUAAUCAGCCCACUAAAUUUGUAAAUUCAUAUUAUUUACUUCUUUUUCUUUUCAACCUAAUAUUAUUUACUUCAAUUUAUUUUUAUUCUUUUACAAUUUUAUGUACUCCAGAAUCAGUAUAAUUUUAAUAAAAUAUAACGUUACAAUUUCGUUAAUAUGACAAUUGCUAUUUUUCUACCAUAAUAAGAUUAUCGUUAUCCGGAUACUCGAGUUAACUAAAAACUUCAGUAAACUUCCAAUCCCAAAUUGUUUUUCUUUGCAUCAAUAUGUAUAUCAAACAUGUACUUCUACUAAUUUAUACCAUGUAUAAUAUGUCACUUUUUCUAUCUUUUCAAUAUCUAUAGAGUCAAAAUUUAUAAUUUUUUGUAGUUCAUUCAUUCCGCGCAUGGCGCGGGUCAUCACCUAGUAAGUAUGUUAUAAUUCACAAAGAGAGAAACAGCCUUAUAGAAAAAUAGAAAAUCAGGAAACUAUUUUUUAAGAACUGUUUUUUGGAACUCUUUUUAUCUAAUAUUAAUAUUUUUGCUUCAUGCCAAAGUAACACUUGGAACUCUUUUUAUCUAAUAUUAAUAGCUUAAAAACAAAGUGAAUACUAAAUUAUUAUUUUUUUGAACUCUUUUUAUCUAAAACUAUUUUUUUAUAAAAAUAGAAAAUCAAAAAUCAGAGAGAAACAGCCUUAUAGAAAAAUAGAAAAUCAGAAAACUCUAGUGAUCUUUUUGCUUCAUGCCAAAGUAACACAGCUAUGACCGUAUGACGACGUACUAGUGCUCUUCUCGUUCGAAGGGAACCGAACAUACAAGAAUACUAUCCAAACUCCUCUAAACAUUUUAUUCUUCAAACAUGUCAGAUCACAAAAACAAAAUCAUGUCGUUGAUCAUAAACUGAGCAUCAUUAUCCUUAUCGAUUCCAGCUUCUAUCAGGAAAUAAUAAAGUUUCUCUUUGUUCAGAGAAUAUUCAUCUUCGACAAAUUCGUUCGAUGAGAAGGAGAAUGAACCCUUCUUGGUACUACCACGGUCAUGUCGGAGUAUCUCGGUCUCGACGAUGAGGGUCAAGUCGUCUGCGUAUCGUUGUUGCUCCAGACGGUGAUUAAUUUUGUAUUCAAGAAAGAGGGGAUCCAAAGUUCAUCUUUGGUAUUGCUGAUUUGCUGAAGUUGUUUCUCUUAGAAUAAUGUUGUGAGUUUAGGCUUCUGUUAUUUUAUAGUGUGAAGAUCGUUUCGCUUAUUUUGUUUUUCCAUUUGGUAUGUUGCAUUUUUCCAUUUCGCAUGUUUUAUUUUUCCAUUUUUUUAAAUUUUGUUUUUUUUUUAAAUAUGUUAAUAUGCCAUUUUCAACGUCAUCAACAUGAUGAAACUAGGAUAACGAUACCAAAAGAGCGCUCUUCCAUAGACUUGAAAUUACGUACAGCACAUUCUUGCCUUAUACCUAAUUAAAACAUUGUGAGAAGAUUACAGAACAUAUAGGGAGCUAAUCGAACACGAAGACAUUUGGUUAGAAACAAUCAAACCAAAGUGACACAUUUGUGCAACAACUCCAUGUUCCCUCAAUGCUUAAUACACAAGCGAUCAUACAAACAAUAAAAGAGAAGAUCAUUUGCUUGCAACGCAAAUUCUAGAGACGAUGCUAGAGGAAGUCAACUCCACAAAUCGUAUCCCAACCUUCAUCAACCCAGUUUAAAUUUUGAUAGUAAUUUUUUGAAUUUAUUUAUAUGGGUUACAUUAUAUAUAUUUUGAGUUUUGUUUUAAUAAUUUAUCAUGAAAACUCAUUGGAAAUCCUUUUAGAUAAUUCUGCAUAAUAUAUUAAAUUAUUUAGUUCUGAAUAACACUAUAUUUAAAUUGAAUAACACUAUGUUUUGGGUCGUUAAAACACUAUAUUUAAAAUCUAUAAUGCAUAAAAAUAAAAUUCAAUAACACUGAAUUUCAAAAUAAAAUUUAUAUAUUAUUUUUUUUCAAAAAGAAAAUAAAAUAAAUUAAAAUUUAUACUUUCAAUACAUAACAAUAUAUUAUAUUUUGAUUUACUCUUUAAAAUUCAUCAUUCAAUAAAACUCCCAAAAAAAUUUCUAAAUCAUUGGUUGGUCAAAUUGGAUUUAAUUUUACCUGUUUAUGAAUACGUAAAUUAGAAUAUUGUUGUGAAUUGCACUUACACUGCAAAAAAUGUGUUGAAUUAAAUCACUUAAAUUGUAUCAGAAAACUAAGUGAUUCUAUUUUAAAUUACUUAUAUACAAAUGAUACAUAUAUAUAUGAUUUAGCAUCAAUUAUGAUAAGUGAUGUUAUUAUUUGUUUACUUAGCAUCAUUUCCAUAAAGUGAUAUACUUUUUUAUUAGUUUGCAUCAUUUAAACAUAAUUGAUACUAUUAUAUAUAUUUAUAUCAGUUACACAACCGACGCAUUAGUUUUUUUAGUUAACAUCACUUACAAAAUUGAUACAAAAUGUUACAUCAAUAAAAAAAUUGAUACUAAUAAAAAGUAUGUAAUUAUAUUUUAUUCUAACAUCAACUUAAUAAACUGACCUUUUUUCUCAUAAUUUGCAUCAUUUAAAACAUUUGUUCUGAUAUAAAAUGUAUUAACUUAGUCUAGUUGUUUUUUUAAAGCCAAAUAUUACGAUGUUGUUAAGAUUUUGUUGUUCUAGUUCCAUUUUUGUCGCACUAAUUUAAUUGAAUUUUGUUAUGAGCAGUUUUUAUCCAAAAGCAUAUUCUUUUCUAAAGAUCUAAAUCCCCACUUCGUCGAUCUCCUUUUUUUUUCUAUUCAAACUCCCACUUCGUCUCUUCUACUAGACUUCUUUUAGGAGUUUACUUGUUAUUAAAAACCGAUAAAUCAACAAACCAUCCAACUUUCUUUCUUAUGUGAGUAUCGUCCCAUUAGCACACCAUUGGUGGCAUGAACCAUUUUUAUUUCUUAUAUGAUGACGACGAUUCUGUUUCCAACGAAUUCGAUAGUAAUCUUUUAAAAGGUAUUAUUUUUCUUAUUCUUAUUCUUUUUCUUUGUAUUCAUUCUCUUCUGGCCUUUUAUGUUUCCAGAGAAAUGGACUUCAACAGAAGCAUAAGGCCUUUGGAGGAGGAAAUGACUUCUGGUCAGGUGUUGAUGUAUUCUCCAGGAAAAAUGGCUAAUCAAGAACGUCCAUAAAUAUAUGAGUCAAAGAGAAGAUGGAAUUAUACAAGAUGAAAAGAAAGAAGAAUCUCGAGUGAAGAGUUUUCAUGGCUUGUUUUACAAUUUUUUUCUUUCAGUUCAUUUUUCUCUCGAGACUUCUCUGUAUAUAUUUUAAUGUUUUUCUGUCCUUUAUAUUUGUAUUUUCAAUAAAAAAUUAUGAGUACAAAAUUAUUUUCUAAAAAUCAUACUUUAUUGAUUUUAGUAAAUUACAAAAAAAAAAUUGGCGUUAGUAAUUUAAAAGUGACAAUAAUAUUUCAAAUUAAAUUUCAUAAUUAUUAAAUUACUUUUAAAUUGAAAUCAUUUUAUUUAUUAAUAAAUAAAUAAUUGAAAUCAUUUAUUUUAACUGAUACUAACAUUAACAUCAUUUUAAAUUAAUUGAUGUAUAUAUUAAUAUCAUUUUUUUGCAAUUGAUACAUAUUAACAUCAUUUACAAUAACUAAUGCAAAUAAUAUAAUUUUUUAUAUCAAUUGUUAAUAAAAUGAUGUAAAUUAUUUGCAUCAUCACUUUCAGAGUCAUUUAAUUAAAUGAUGCAAAAUUUUUUGACAUCAUUUAUAAGUAAUGCAAAUAUACUAAAUAAAUGAUGUUAAACAAGUGUUUUUUUUGUAGUGUUACCACUACCACUAACCACAUCCUAUUCCUUAUUGCAAGCUUCUUGAAAGAUAUUUUUUAAUUGCAAGCUUCAUUUUGAAAUAUUUUGUUCUCAACCAUAUUUUAUUGUAAUUUAUAAGAGUAAGAUAAUUCUAAAGAUGAAACAAUUCUAUUCCUUGUUUUGUUUUCAAGUAAGAAUGUAUUUUAUUCAUUAAUUUUUUGUAGGGUAAAAGAAAUGUAGUUCAUAUAAAAUUCAACUAUAUUUUAAAAUUAAUCUGUUUUAAAUUAGAAAAAAAAAUACAUUAGAUGCUCUAAAUGCAUUUCGUGUCUAUCGAAAUUCAUGGGUAAGAGUGGCGCGUGCAAAUUACAUGGACACGUGUAUCUUACAACGACAAUUCAUACAAGCCCAAUAUAUAGGUAACUGGGCCAUAAGCAUAAUGGGAAAACUAUGUCGGCCCAUCAUUUUAUUUACCCUUUUUUGUUGCUCCAUCUCCAUUAUAUUUAUUUUCUUUUGACUAAAAUCUCCAUUAUAUUUUUGUCAAAUUAAAAAGAAACUCUGCUAAAAUAAGCCAGAAAGGACACAUUGAUUGUCAUGACAAGUUAAACAUGAUGAUCUCGUACAAAAUCUGUUGAAUAAGAUUCCAAACAAUAUAAGCCGGUCAUGAUCUCUAUUUAUCUAUCAACCACUAAAGCUUGUACUGUCGCACCAUGAUAAUUGUCAGUACGAACGAAUAUUCUUUCACCCGUCCCUAAACAUUACCCGAUCAUUUGAACCAUUUGUUAAAAGGAAUAACAAAGUCGUACUCUGAUUUUUCUUUUCAUCUAAAAUGACAGUGAUGUAAUGUAACGUUCCAAAAAAUGUGUUGUUUCAAAACAAACAAUGAUCGUUCCUUUUGAAUAUGUAUCACAAAUACACAAACAACCGAAUAUAAUAAGUGUACUACUACAUUCUCUAACCUUCUUAUAUAAUAAGAUAUCAUUCACCAGCAUAAGCUUCCCUUGGUACUUAUUGGCUAUUGCAAACUGAAAGAUGUUCGAUGUGUGUUUCACCGGAGAGUCCAUAGUCAAAGCUUCCGGCAACAACCCUGAGAGACCUCAUAGCCUUUCUCUAUCAAAUCUCGACCUUCUUUCCGGCCGUUUUCCAGUGACCUACUUUUACUUCUACCCCAAGCAACCUCACUUGGUUUCAACCUUUGAAUCCCUCAAAGCCUCCCUCGCUGAAACUCUAAACUACUUCUACCCUUUUGCUGGUCAGAUAGUUCCAAACGAAACCUCUCAUGAAGAGCCUAUCAUCCUCUGCAACAACAAUGGAGCCUUGCUAGUCCAAGCACGAGCCAACACCGACCUCAAAAGCCUGGACUUCUACAACCUCGACGCGUUUCUGCAGGCAAAGCUUGUUCGAGUUAACCCUGACUUCCCUUUGCAGAUUCAAGCGACAGAGUUCGAAUGUGGAGGCUUCUCUCUAACAUUCACAUUCGACCACGCGCUAGGAGACGCUAGCUCUUUCGCCAAGUUCCUCACUACAUGGUCAGAGAUAUCGAGGAAACAGCCGGUUUCUUGUGAACCAGACCACCGGAGAAACCUCCUCUUGCCGCGCUCUCCUCUGCGUUACCACCCUCUCUUAGACAAAACAUUCAUAAAAUGCAGCGUGGAGGAGAUCAAGAACAUACCAACCCCCAAAACGCUCAUCAAGCGUCUCUAUCACAUCAAUGCUUCGAGUAUAAACGCGUUGCAAGAUCUAGCUAAUGUAAACGGAGAGAGCAGGACGAAGAUCGAAGCUUUCUCUGCUUAUGUCUGGAAGAAAAUGGUGGAUUCUAUAGAGAGCGGUCACAAAACGUGCAAGAUGGGUUGGCUGGUUGACGGUAGAGGAAGACUAGAGACCGUUGCCUCUAGCUACAUAGGAAACGUCUUGUCUAUAGCUGUCGGUGAAGCCCCCAUUGAAAAUCUGAAGCAAAACAAAGUGUCGGAGAUAGCAAAGAUAGUGCAUGAGUCGAUUACUGAAGUGACAAACAAUACUCAUUUCACAGAUUUGAUAGAUUGGAUUGAGAGUCACCGACCUGGACUGAUGUUAGCUCGGGUGGUUUUGGGACAAGAAGGGCCAGCUUUGGUCUUGUCUUCAGGAAGGCGGUUCCCUGUGGCUGAGUUGGAUUUUGGGUUUGGUGCACCUGUUCUUGGGACCGUGUGUUCAACGGUUGAGAAAAUAGGAGUUGGUUACCUCAACCAGCGACCUAGCGCCUGCAAUGACGGCUCGUGGUCGGUCUCUGCUAUCGUGUGGCCUGAACUCGCUGCAGCUUUAGAGUCUGACUCUCUUUUUCAGCCGAUGUCUGCUAAGCAUCUUCAACUCCUGGCCUGACAAAAUAAGCCUAAAGGAAGUAGUAGCUUUUCAACGUUUUCUUUAUUAUGUCGUAAGCUUAUGGUUACAAUAAGGCAAAACCAGUUUUUAUUUUUUA